CCUGCUGAUACCAUGACGGUCACGGUGGUGUAUGAUAACUCAGAGGCAACGGAGCUCUGUGCGGCUCAGCACCUCUACCUCAAGCCCAUAGCAAAGUUGAUGAUCAAUGUACUGCUCCCUGAGAGCACGGAACCCACGAGGCCCUUCUCUAACUGGGAAGUUCUUGACCAGCUGAAGAGCCUGAUUUGUCCUGACCAGUUCACCACAGUGCGGCUCUCCAAGAGCACUAAGGACUUCAUCCGAUUUGAGGGGGAGGCUGAAACUCGAAGUUUGGUUCAGAUCCUGAAGGCCAAGUUACACGGGAAGAUCAUCAAGCUAAGCGGUUUGAAAACAGACUUAAGAGUAGUGGCCACAGAUGCCCAGGGGGAGUGGGAACACUUCCCCAAAGAAAAGGGGGCGCCGUUGGGUGACGGGUCUGAAGAGCAGGACCACGAUAAGAGCCCAGAUUCCAUAUACUUCGAAGGCCUGCCCUGCAAGUGGUUUGCACCUAAAGGUUCCAGCGGGGAGAAGCCGUGUGAAGAGAUCCUUCGGGUGGUCUUUGAAAGUUUUGGGAAGAUCAAGAAUGUGGAUAUUCCGAUGCUCGACCCCUACCGAGAAGUCAUGACUGGUGGGAGCUUUGGGGGGUUCAGCUUCGGCUUGCAGACGUUCGAGGCCUUUAUACAGUACCAGGAGUCAACUGACUUCGUAAAGGCCAUGGAGUCCCUCCGCGGGAUGAAGCUGAUGCUUAAAGGAGAUGAUGGGAAAGCUCUGGCAUGUAACAUUAAGGUUAUGUUUGAUACAACCAAACACUUCAGUGAAGGAGCUAUAAGGAGGAGAAAUCAAGAAAGGCUGAAAUUACAAGAGCUGGAGGAAGAAAGGAAAAAAGAAAAGAAGAGAGAAGAGGAAGAGGCUGAAAGAAAGAGAAAAGAGGAGGAGAGGAAAGCCCAGGAAAAGAGGAGAAAGGCCAGAGUCAGGAGGCGCGCCCUGAAGGAAAGGGACAGACACCGGCAAAGGAGACCGAAGGACAGUGCCAAAGCGGAGGCCCGUCAGGGGCCCAACUCUUCCGAGGACUGGGAGGAGAGGAAGGGCCUGCUGGCCCGGAGGCGGCUGGAGGCCCUCCGCCUGCUGCGGGCACUCCUGAGGAAAAUCGCAGUAAGGCUCUUGCCGCAUUGUUCUUCGCUUUGGGGGUCUAUACAAUUUAACCCACGGGAGGUAGAUGUUGCAGGCUCCAAAGCUAACCGUGCUCCGGGGACCACACUGGGAGCUCUGAAGAAAGAAGAGUUAAACACUCAGUAUCUUCAAAAUCAGGAGGAAAUGCCAAGGUAUCAGGUUUCCAAGUCAGAUAACAAGCGAAAACAAAAAAUGAAGAAAAGAGCUACGGCUCACUUACGUAAAUCUUCCCACCACCUUGGGGAAAAAAAAUUAAGAUAUUCAGCUAGAAAAGAAAGAACUGGAAAAUUAUUAACCAGUGAGUACAAUCACAGUUUGCUCCCUGAUCGGAAUUCUUUGCAAAUUGCAAUGACUGAAGGUCAAUCUCUUGAGAAAGAAGACUGCCAUGGUUCUAAUAAAUCCUGUUCUUCCAGAUUAGUUGAGAGAGACCAUGGCAGGAAACAGAAGAUCUAUGAAACAGAUGAAUUUAUUGACUAUCUUUUAAACUAUUAUCAAACUCCAAAAUAUGCCCGUAUCUGCCUGGAACCAAGCCACAUAACAAGCACAUGUCAGUGGCAGAGGGCCGUCCAUGCGAAAGGAAGUGGAUUUCAAAUCAGUUUGAGAAAACAUAAGAGUCAUUUUACCAGUUUGAGCCAAAUGCAAAACCUAGAUAGGAGAGAACAGGUGCAAGAAGACGAUUCCUGGACAAAGAUUUGUACUCAGGAUCCUGAGCAUAAACCACAAAAGAGGGGAAAAGUGGAUUAUGCCAAAGAAUGUAGAAUGUUUAAGGAGUUUAAACAUCAUUGCAAGGACACAGUAUGUGAAGCUGGUGAUCGGCCAUCCCCAACUUUUGGAAAGAGCCAUCUGUUGGAACAGACUCGUGCUUACCAGGUCCAAGAUUCCAUAUCCACAAGUCAAAGCCAAGUUUCCUCGCCCACCAGGUCAGCAGACUUUGAUUUGGAGUUGACAGAUUUCUUAGAGGAAAUUAGCAGUGAUUCUGAAUGUUUCAGUGAAAUCCUUAGCAUAAACAAAGAGGAGAAAGAGAAAUCUGUGGCCACAUGUGAUAGCUCCCCAGAAGAGGGAUCUCUUGACACUGAUGAAAUCAUCACUUGCGACUCAGAAAUUAGGUCAAGUCAGCAAACCUUGUAUUCAGAGUGGAAACAUGAGGAGGAAAAAUACUCUAAAUACGAGCUUAGGAAACCAGGCAAGAGGUCAAAUUAUGAACUGAGAUGUUCGUGGCUUGAGGGUGAAAACAAUUCUAUUAGAGAUGAGAAGAGCAACAGCAGAAAGAGGGAAAUAUUGGCCCCCAAAUACUUAUUUGAUGAAAGCUACCACCACGAAUCCAGUGCCAGUGAUCAAUUAGACACUGUCACAAGAAAGAGGAGGCGGUUUAGUGAUAGUACAUUUGACCAGAAAGUGAACUAUAGGCCCUUUCAUGUGCCAAUAACAUCAUCAAAAAGUGCUAAUGCUUCCUCUUUGGGGGAUUUUCCCAAAAGAAGAGAGGCUCCACGGAAGUCAGAAUAUAACCAGGAUGCAAGGAGGUUUAAAAGAUAUGAGAGUUCUGAAGAUUUCAUGCUGAAUUCUGAUAAUUACUAUAUCAGACGUAACGGUCAGGAGCACAUUGACUACGGAAGCUAUUUAGGAAACAACCACACUAGUUCUUUAUAUUUUCAAAUGUUUGGAAGGUCUCUUCGAUCAGGAAACUCUUACUCACAAUAAAAAUGUGCAAGAAGAAAAUUUCAGACCAAAUGUAGCUAUGUAGUUAGCAACUACAGAGCAAGAGAGCAACACCUAGGAGCACGAACAAGGUCAGAUGCAAAACCUUGUUUCUCUUGCCAAAGUAUAAAGCAUAGAUCUAAGUGUGUGUGUGUGUGUUGCAGGUGUGUUGGCAAACUUUAGAAACACAAAACAUCCAGAUUCUGAAGGUUGGUAAAACAAUGUGCUUGCAAAACCUCCUUAUCCAAGGACAGGCAUUUCUACAGUUCGAUUGCAACUUUAAUUUGGUGCCAUCAAAGGAGCAAAUUAACGUCGAGAGGAGUUAAGAUAGCCCUCUAUGGCUCUUCCGCUGUCAUAACGUUAUCAUUUAGCAUCAUUUAUCUUCAGAGGGAAUGGCAGUGAAUGAAUAAUGAUCUUUUUACUUGAUCUUUAAUUUGGUCAGAACACCAUGUGCAGCAACAAACUUUCUUGACUUUUAUCUAGAAAUACCUAUAGAUAAAGGAGGAGAGAUGACACCUAGAACAUCUAAUAGACUGCUUCAUGACAUUAGACAGUUCCAUGAGCAUCCACUGGAAAGAAAUUAAUCUUAUCAAUAUGUUCAUAGGACUCAAAGAGUUGUCCUUUUAGAAACAAAGCCUUGGAAGAAGAAUCUAGAAGGGGCUCAGAUUGUCCUUUGAGGUUUACACAGAUAGUGGACCAUUAGCAGAGUUGUUUUUUUGGAAGAACCCCAUGUCAUUCCAUCCUAGAAAAGCAACAGGAUUGAAGCGACAUAACGUGGGAUUUGCCAAAGGAAAUAUUGAACGAUCCUGGGGCACCAGUAAUGGCACUUGGGAAGAGAGGACGUGACAGUAUUCCAUUUCAGGUUAUGUAAUCCUUUCACUCAGGGUUGGGUGACAUCAGUUUGUAAAAAGCCACUGAAUAUCCCCAAACUGACUUUUAUAAAACAGUAACAAGUGCCUCCUCAAUCCUCAAUAAUGCCAUGGAGUUAGGAAGAGUCAUGGGUAAAGCCCAUAGUUUUCUAGCGGGGGAACAAUUGUAUGUGUGCCGGAUUUGUAAACUCUUAACAUAAGCAAUUUAUCUUUUUACCUACUGGUUUUGGACUCGUUGAAUAUGUUUUUAAAUUGAGAUAUUUUAUAGAUUCGUAAAGACAUACACCUUAAUGCAGUGCAUGACCUCAGGGGGCAGUAGAUGACUGUUUUUCUUCCAACGAAGCUAUAGCUGACAUGGCAGUUGAAGACCUCAAUGAGAUUAGAUUGCCUGCAGUGGGGAAAAGGUGAUUUUAAUCCACUGAAGUAGUGGAAGGCACCAUUUUCAUAUGACAUGAUUCAUUUCAAACAGUCCUAACUUGAUAGUCCGUAGAAAAGUACCAGCUGGUAAAGCCAAGGUAGGAUGCCAGUCAUU